AUGGCGCGUGCAUACGCAACGCUCGUUUGCACGGACGCGUACGCUGUCGGUGCGCAAGUGCUGCGCUCGAGCCUCCUUCGUGCCGGGUCGACGCUCCCGCUUGUCGUGCUCGUCACGUCCAGCGUCUCGGCGCCCGUACGCGCGCACUUGACAAGGUCGCUCGAGAAUGCACUUGUCUACGACGUGGCGGCCGUCCCGCUCCGCGCCGACCAAGUGACGCGCUAUGCAUUUGCGCGCUUCCAGCACGCGUGGGCCAAGCUGCGCGUGUUUGAGCUCGAGAUGUUUGACACGGUCGUGUUUCUCGACGCCGACAUGCUUUGUUUGCGCAACAUGGACGAGCUCUUUGACGCGGUCCGGCCCGAGACGACAACCAUCGCUGCGAGCCGCGCGUGCACGUGCAACCCGCAACGCAUCGCCCAUUAUCCCACGUCGUGGACGUCAGCGUCCUGCUCGUAUACCGAGACGACCACCGAGGUCCGUCGGUACUUCAACUCGGGCAUGUUUGUAUUGCAUCCCAGCCGCGCGACGCUGCAGGCGCUGCUCGCAAAGCUGCAGGGCGAACGCAGCGUCGAGCGAUUUGUGUUUUCCGACCAAUGCUUCCUCAACGAAGCUUUCCCCGACUUUAUCGACGUGCCAUAUGUGUUUAACGCGCUGAAGACCCUGCCGAUCGCGCACCCGCGCCUGUGGCAACUUAAGGAAGUCAAGGCGAUUCACUACAUUUUGGAAAAGCCGUGGCACGUCGAUGGACUCGAGGAUGGACCGUACGCCGACUUGUACGCGCUGUGCGACUCGCACGCCAACAUGGCGUUGUGA